CGUUCAUGUAUAUCCACACGUUUACGUUAACAGGCUUUCCAAUGGGACUGUAGGUAAUAUCACUGAAACAUGCGGUCAAAGGUGCUAGCGUGUUUUAAGUCGCUCCACAGAGCCAGGUUAGAUGUGUUCAAGGGAGAUCAGUAUGCAUUAGCUGUUUGUAGAUCAAGGAUAAAUGAUGAAUUUCAGAAAAAUAAAAAAGAAACUGACGCAGAGAAAAUACAAGGAUUGUUAAAGUUGGCGAAAGAUACUGAGACUCUGCUGAGGAAAACGGUCAUACAAGCUGUCCUGAAUGAUAAAGGCAAUUAUGAGUUGAAAAUACGAGAGGAAACUGAACUACUUGACAACUUUGUGCCCCCAUCGAUGAGAUCGCCACCAACGAGGAAAUCCAGAAAGGAUAGGUGAUGUGUUAUGGAACUGGAAGAUUUGUAGAUGCGUUCAUAUUUGUUACCUAAAUUUUAUUUGUCAAUAAAUUGUUGAAGUUUUGUGAUACAGUUACAG